AUGAGAGAUAAUGUACACUAUGGCUUUAUUCAAAUUCCGUUGAGUCACAUUAGCCCGUUUGCUAUAGAUGAAGCACUGUUACUCUACAAACCUACACCGGAUGACAUAGUCAGAAAGGAUAAUCACUCUAGGGUUAUAUUUAAUAAUGUCGCAAUUACACAAGAAGAGGAGGAACAUGUAGAGAAGUUUAUAAACUAUCUACUCAGUGAAUGCUCCAUUGUGGAAAAUAUGCUAGAGAAUGAACUCUUGGAGCUCAUUCAUCUGAUGCAACCUGAACUCCUAAGACUUCUAUAUUCAGCAAAAUUUGACUAUGAAGAAGCUGCAUCACUUACUCUAAAAAAUUACGAAUUUAGAUUAUCUAGUUUGUUACCGGCAACUAUAAAUGAAAUAGAAAAGGAGUUAAAAGAAGGUUAUUUGUAUUGGUUUGGACGAGAUAAAAAAUUUAGACCCACACUAAUAGCCGAUAUCUUUAAACUGCAAAACAUUUCAGUGGAUAAAAUCCUAAAACUUGUGAUUUUUUGUUUCGAGUUUUUUUUGAGGUACCUUCAUGUUGGAGGAAGAGCUGAAAGUUACAAUGUUAUGAUUGAUUGCUGCAAUAAAAGCGUUGUAGAAGUUCCAAUACAAAUGAUAAUUAAGCUUGUAGAUUUGAUGCAUUCCAAAUAUAGAGGUAGGCUCCAUAAGAUUUACCUCAUAAAUACUCCAAGUUUGAUAAAUAUGAUGAUGAAAACGCUUUCCACUGUACUGCCAAAAGGCACAUUUGAAAAAAUACUUAUAUUAAAAAAGGAUUUCAGGGACGUUCUUUCGAAACUUUACGAUCACAACCAACUCCAAGAGAAAUUUGGUGGGACAUCUUCAGACUUGAUAGAAGAUUUUUAUCCCUUUAAAUUUUUCUCAAACGUAGGUAACGAAGUCAAAUCCGGGAUUUCUCCGGAGGUUAUUGUAAACUUACCUCCAAAAAUUCUAUAUGGAACUUCUAUGAUUCUAAAGAAACAGAGAUUAGUGCAGAAACGGCACAAAUUUUUCGAAAGUCCAGAUAAUAUGGGUACAGAGGAAGAUUCAUCCUCUAAAUAUGAUUUAGAGUCAUGGACUAAAGAAAUAGGGAUCUACAUGUUAACCAAAGAUACGGCGAAAUAUAUCAUAAACAAUAGGCCCCAACUUGGGGUCAUGGUGGAGCAAAAUAUAAUAGAAACAAGGAAGGAUUUAAAAUCAUUUGUGUGUAAAGUGAAAAUUUAA